UUUCCGUUUUUUACCGCUCCAACAUGGCGGAGGUCAUCGCGCAAUGGCUCCCAUGUGAAAGAGUCGAGGUGACGUGUCUCGUGUCUCCUAUUUUCCAGUUUCCCGGCAGCGGUUUGACGAAAUGAAUGCGUUUAAACGCGACAAGAAGGAAGAAGAAGACGGUGGGGGAAACCCUUUCCAAAACCUGGAGAAGACAACCGUCCUACAGGAAGCUCGCACCUUCAACGACACUCCGGUUAAUCCAAGAAAAUGCGCGCACAUUCUCACGAAAAUUCUGUACCUACUGAAUCAAGGAGAACAGUUAGGUACAAUGGAGGCGACAGAAGCGUUCUUCGCCAUGACCAAGUUGUUUCAAUCCAGAGACGUUGUCCUGCGAAGGUUGGUCUAUCUAGGUAUCAAGGAACUGAGUUCCCUGGCUGAAGAUGUAAUCAUAGUUACCUCGAGUUUGACAAAGGACAUGACAGGGAAGGAAGAUUUGUACAGAGCUGCUGCCAUAAGAGCAUUAUGCACCAUCACUGACGGUGGAAUGUUGGCAGCUAUAGAACGUUACAUGAAACAAGCCAUCGUAGAUCGUUCCCCUGCUGUUUCCAGCGCGGCUCUAGUCUCUUCCUUGCACUUGACCAACGUCUCUGGCGACGUUGCACGCAGAUGGGCGAACGAGGCUCAAGAGGCAUUAAAUUCUAAUAACGUGAUGGUUCAGUAUCACGCGCUUGGUGUCUUGUAUCAAGCACGCAAAGCAGACAAGCAUGCUGUAAUUAAGUUAGUUGCUAAGCUUAUGAGAACAAGCCCAAAAAGUCCUUACGCAGCGUGUAUGUUAAUCAGAAUGGCGUGUAAAUUGUUAGAUGAAGUUGACAAAGGGGACGAACUGUUGGGAUUUAUCGAAUCUUGUUUACGCCAUAAGUCAGAAAUGGUGGUGUACGAAGCAGCACACGCGUUGAUCAAUCUUGGAAGAAGCUGCACGAAAGAAAUAACACCUGCUAUCAGCGUUCUUCAGUUGUUCUGCGGAUCUCAAAAGCCAGCCUUGAGAUUCGCCGCUGUCAGAACCUUGAAUAAAGUUGCCAUGUCUCAUCCAACGGCAGUCACUGCGUGCAAUUUGGAUUUAGAGAAUUUAAUCACCGAUUCGAACAGAUCCAUCGCCACACUGGCAAUUACCACUUUAUUAAAAACUGGGGCGGAAAGCUCGGUAGAUCGACUGAUGAAACAGAUUGCUACCUUUGUGUCAGAAAUUUCAGAUGAAUUUAAAGUCGUCGUUGUACAAGCUAUAAGAGCUCUGUGUCAAAAGUAUCCGCGGAAACAUGCAGUUUUAAUGAAUUUUCUUUCUGCUAUGCUGAGAGACGAGGGAGGACUCGAGUACAAAGCAGCAAUCGCAGACACGAUAAUUGCCGUUAUGGAAGUGAACGCCGAAGCGAAAGAGGCCGGUUUAGCUCAUCUCUGCGAAUUUAUCGAAGACUGCGAGCAUAACUCGCUCGCCGUUCGUAUCCUUCACUUACUCGGCCAGGAAGGGCCAACUUCGAAACAACCGUCGCGAUACAUUCGUUUCAUUUACAACCGUGUGAUUCUGGAAAGCGCCAGCGUUCGCGCAGCCGCGGUCACCGCGUUGGCACGUUUCGCAGCAGCGUGUCCUCCGUUACUACCAAACGUGCUGGUUCUUCUGUCCCGUUGCCAGUUGGACUCGGACGACGAGGUCCGCGAUCGCGCAGCGUAUUACUGUGCCAUUUUACAACAGCAAAACGAACCGACUAUCUUGCCUCUAGUGCAGCCUCCUCUCCUGUCUGUACCUAGUUUGGAAAGAGCUUUGCGAAAUUACAUGCAAACACCGAUGGACGAACCGUUCGAUAUCUCGCAGAUUCCACCAGCGCAGACGGUCGAGGAACCGACACAAGUGGAAGUGCACACUACCGUGAAGCAACAGCCCCGACUAACGCGAGAGGAGAGCUUCAUGGAGAAAUUGUCGCAAAUACCACAUUUGACCAUGAUCAUUCGUGAUUCCUCGUUGCUCAAGUCUUCGCCAGUCUUUGAAUUAACGGAAUCGGAAACGGAGUACAACGUCAAAUGCAUCAAGCAUACGUUCACGGAGUUUCUCAUUUUGCAAUUCGACUGUGUAAAUACUCUUUCCGAUCAGUUGCUCGAGGAUGUAAGAGUAGCUGUCGAUCCACCCGAAGGCUACACGAUCGUGUGCGAAGUCCCGUGCCCUCGUUUGCCGUACAACGAACUAGGUACAACGUAUACAGUAUUAAGAUAUCCGGAAGACGUUCAUGCUAGUGUUGCUACUAUUCCUACAACUCUGCGUUUCAUGGCUCGCGAUUGUGACCCUGCGACCGGUGUCCCAGACGCUGAUCAAGGAUACAACGAUGAAUACAUGUUGGAAGAUUUGGAAAUAACUUUGGCCGAUCAAGUUCGUGGAAUCGGAAACAGGGGAGUAGAUUUUAACGCUGCGUGGGAAGCGGCUGGUGCUAAAGGAUUCAACAAGCUGGAGGAGACGUUUGCUCUAGGCUCGUCGGUGACCAGUUUGGAAGGGGCGAUUCAGAGUCUCACGGGAUUUUUAGGCUUGGAUGCUGUAGAGCGAACCAAUCGAGUACAGUCCGGCGCUGCUGCGCAUAAUUUAUUAUUGAGUGGCAUUUUCAGAGGCGGGAAAGAGGUUCUUGCCAGAGCAAGGCUAGCGUUGUCGGACAAUCAAGUAACGAUGCAACUCACUGUUUUAUGUCAAGAUCCAGACGUUGCCGAAUUAAUUAUGUCUUCUGUAGGAUGAAUUAUUGUCAUUAUCAUGUAUUACAAACUUUUUAUUUUUAAUAUUAACAGGUAUAAUUGUUAUGUAAAACAUAAUACGAAAUGGGACUUUUGUUAAAUCCCUGUUUCUAUAUGUAAUACUUUGUACAUAAAAUCAUAAAAGAAUUCUGUAAACAA